GCAUUUGCAUCAGACUGUAGGCCAUUAAUAAGACCUUCCAGUCCAUCAAGGUUUGGCAAUCCCAGGAUCUCUCUCACUUCUAAGAAAUCUCCCAGAUAACGGCAUCAUCAUUUACAUUGACCGGGAAGGCUCAUGGAUUCAUCAUCGUCUUCAACAACAACAGCUCCAAAAUCCUCCUCUCAAGCCCACAGACUCCUUAUAUUAGCCCAACAGUUGCGUCAUUACAAGCCACCACCUUCUGGUUUAGAUGAAUUGGAGGAACAACAAAUCCAGGAAACAACUGGCAAGGUGGUCUCUCAAUUGGGGUUUGAGGAAUCUGUUACUGCAAUUGGUAGGGACCCUCAAUGGUUUAAACCCAAAAAAGCUGCUGUUUUAAUCUGUCUCUUUGAAGGAGAUGCUGGUGAUUUGAGGGUCAUACUUACAAAGAGGUCUUCUAGAUUGUCCACUCACUCUGGUGAAGUUUCAUUACCAGGUGGGAAAGCCGAGGAGGGUGAUAAAGAUGAUGCAGAGACUGCAACAAGGGAAGCUGCGGAGGAGAUUGGGUUGGAUCCUUCACUUGUGGAUGUUGUCACUUUUCUUGAACCAUUCUUGUCUAAGCACCUCCUUAGAGUUAUACCUGUUAUUGGCAUUCUUCGUGAUAAGAAAGCCUUCAAGCCUGUUCCAAAUCCUGCUGAAGUAGAAGAAGUAUUUGAUGCCCCCUUGGAAAUGUUUAUUAAGGAUGAAAAUCGAAGGGAUGAGGCAAGAGAAUGGCUUGGAGACAAGUAUCUUAUUCACCUUUUUGAUUAUGAAUUCGAGAACAAGAAGUAUGUGAUAUGGGGUUUAACUGCUGCCAUUUUGAUUACGGCUGCUUCAGUGGUAUUUCAGAAGCCAGCCACUUUUCUGGUGCAGAACCCAAAGUUCAAGUUGCCUAGAGUUAUAGACAAAGGCACAUCUAUGUAAAGAAUUCAGAGACAAUGUACUCCAGAUAAACUUCUGCAAUAAAUUCACCAUGGCCCUUACUUUUUGAAGUAUAAUUUUUUUAGGAUAAUCAGAUUAAUGUAUCAAAACAAGUAACAGAUAUAUUUAUAUGUCAUUCUUUGAUGUCCCUAGACUGAGGCAGCCAAAUAUAUCCAGACUAUAGAAGGCAAUUCAAGGAGUACUUCACAGAUUAGUUGUUACAACAUAAUUAUUGGAGCGAUGUCUUUCGCCUUUCCUCAGGUUUGUUCUUGAACAGGUUAAAAACUACUUGUUUCAUGUGACUCUCAUUUGUAUGUUACUCUUACAGGAUCUACAUCUAGGCGCAAAGAGCUUGCACAGUUCCCUGUUAACAACAUUAAUGUGUUUCUGUACUGGAAGAUCUCUUCCUCAUUGAGUUCAAUUUUCGACAUUUUGUCAGAGGCAUUGCGCUUUGAGAAGCCAAAGUUCAUGUUUUUGUUAUAGGAAGUAAAUGUUACACAAUUUUUUUGGUGAUUGAUGUGGAUUAAUGAUGUUAAAUGUGCUUGAUAUUAACAUGGGGAAGUCCCCUCUUGGCCAUUGGGUAUGGAAAUUGUGUUUGCUGA